AUGGGCCAAGCCACAACUUCUACGAACCUUCCUGACCCACCCUCUGUUUCGAACCAUAGCUCGCCCCGCGUCCUGAAGCAUAGUGGUCUUGCAGGAAUUGUUGUCGGCUGCCUAGUCAUCGCUGCUUUUGCAGCGUUCGCAGUCUUCGCCCUGCGGAAGCGACGACGUGCGACGCGGCAGUUGCGGAUACGAUCUAUGUCAAGCAUUGGCACCCUUGACUUUACCAACGCGAGCCGUCCUACCACAUGGUCCGACUUAUGUCCAUCCGAGCCCGGACAGCCCUACGGUUCCAACAAAGGCGUCACGGAAUGGGAUCCAGACAUGUUCGCGCAGGAGAAGCGGAGACCGCCUCAAUACCUCUUCUCUUCCCGCUCCGCCCAGCGCUCAAGCAAGCGGACUCCGAGGAACGCGCGAGUCACUGCCCUGUCCACAAUCACCGAGCAGAGUGUCCAAUCAAACACUCUUUCAGAUGCAGACCGCGACGACCUCUCCGAUACGGAACGGACACUUCCCUCGUACCCACCUCUUAGACCCCAGCCCAUGUCCCCCUCAGCCUCCGAUCAAGCGAGGUCGCAGUACGUUCAAGUUAACUUUCCCGUGGCACCUCAGGCGGUGCAGUCGCCGAAGAACCCAUUCCGCGCGCGAUUGUUAGCCGCGUCCAGUGACAGCGCUCGGCCCUGGAACGCUCAGGAGAACGAUCUUUGGAAGUAG